UCACACGCCACACAGAGAGCAGCACGGCGGCCAGGAUAACAUGAUUAGCGCUUUAUUAGCCCUGAUAGCGCUCACAGCUCGCAGCGGCGGCGGUGGCAGCAGCAUGACCCAGCCAGGGGAGACCGCCAACUCUCACGACCAGCGCCUGGCGCCGCACCGAUCCUCUGGGCUCAGUUUGGUUGCCUUCGAAGAAGUUGCUCACUGACAGUUCUGGAGGGACUCACUUGGAGACGCUGACUCCUUCAGAUGAACUGAGCUCUCUUAAUGAAUUGCUUGUACUUGUGAUACACAAGGCGAACGGCCAAUGUGUCCCAGAGGGGCGAUUCAAGCCUCCUGCUGUCAGCUGCUCGCUCUCACCCCUUCCCAUUUGAUAUUUGCUAACCUCCGGUGAACUCUAGGAGGACGUGGGGCACCUGCCCUGAUGGGGUUUGACAACAGCAGCAACCAGACCCUCCACAGACUGGCUCCGUUCAGCAUCCAGGUCUCCCUGCCGCUCACCCUGCUGGUGGGCUUCAUGAUCCUGCUGAUCGUCUUCGGCAAUGUCCUGGUGGUCAUCGCCGUCUUCACCAGCCGGGCCCUCAGAGCCCCUCAGAAUCUGUUCCUGGUUUCUCUGGCCUCAGCGGACAUUCUGGUGGCCACCCUGGUGAUGCCCUUCUCCUUGGCCAAUGAGCUGAUGGGAUACUGGUACUUUGGGGAGGUUUGGUGCGAGAUCUACCUGGCUCUCGACGUGCUCUUCUGCACCGCCUCCAUCGCUCACCUCUGCGCCAUCAGCCUGGACCGCUACUGGUCCAUCACGCAGGCCAUCGAGUACAACCUGAAAAGGACUCCUCGCCGCAUCAAGAGCAUCAUCUUCAUCGUCUGGGUCAUUGCCGCCGUCAUCUCCUUCCCACCGCUCAUCACCUUGGAGAAGGAGAACAACGUGGAGGAGCCGGUGUGUAAGAUCAACAACGACAAGUGGUACGUGGUCUCCUCCUGCAUCGGCUCCUUCUUCCUCCCCUGUGUCAUCAUGGUGCUGGUCUACGUUCGGAUCUACCAGAUCGCCAAAAAGAGAACGCGGGUUCCACCUGGUGACCGGAAGCCGCCGGUGGUCCCCAAAAGCGCUGGAGCCGCCAACCCAAAGGUGAACGGUCAAGUGGCGGUGGACGACCAUAUCUGCCUGGAGAAGCUGAACGGAGAGAAGGCUAAUGAAAUAGGGAAGGAAGAAGGGAGGGGCCACGGCGAGAAAGGUGACGUGAACGGGGUUGACAUCGAAGAAUCGUCCUCCUCCGACCACAAAGUCAACAACCCCUGCUCCAUCAAAAGGAAAUCCUCAAAGGGGAAAACUAAAGUGAGCCAGAUCAAACCUGAAGAUGAGGCGCCGAAACGCACGCACAGCAACAAGGGCAGCCGCUGGAAGGGCCGGCAGAACCGAGAGAAGCGCUUCACCUUCGUCCUGGCCGUGGUCAUCGGCGUCUUCGUCAUCUGCUGGUUCCCCUUUUUCUUCACCUACAUGUUGAUGACUCUGUGCGAGACCUGCUCCGUGCCCAACACCCUCUUCAAGUUCUUCUUCUGGUUCGGCUACUGCAACAGCGCCCUCAACCCCAUCAUCUACACCAUCUUCAACAACGACUUCAGGCGCUCCUUCAAGAAGAUUCUCUGCCGGAGGGACAACCGCCGAUAUGUAUGACAAAACUCAAAUCCAUGUACAUACGUUCCCUGGCUUUACAAUAUCGUCGUCUCCUUGUUGGACUCUCGGCAGCACCACACGAAGCCGGUGUGUUUACUGGGUCAGGAGUCUUGUCGGUGCAGAACACUGUUCAAACAUUGUUUCCAUUGUCAACAUUACUUCUUGUUUUUUUAUAAAUGAGGCAGACAUUGUGGAUUUAUGUCGUGUUGGAUCAUAAUAUCUUGUAUAAAAGUUGCAGGUCUGAAUGUUUUUUGCGAGUUCAGAGAAAGUUUGAGAUUCAAAGGAAGAGUACAUUCUUUUUUAAUACAUUUCUACUCCUGUCUGUCAGAGGAGGGCUGUAAAACUGCAUCUUGUUUGUCCUACAUUCAGUAGCAUAGAGUCCAGGAAACAGACAGAUAUUAAAUCAAACAAAUAUAUGAAGACAAACAUGCAGAAUAAACAUCUUUUUGUGGUUCAAAACGACACACCAAAGAUAAACAACCUGUUCUUUAGUGGCUCAGUAACACUUAGUUCUCACUCUGGUGAUCACAGAUCACUGCUGCUCUUCAAUACCAGGAAGCUACUUUGGCACCGUCAGUCUGACUCACCUGAUUACAGAGUGUUUUAAAUGACUUCUGGACCGUACACACGAAAUACUGCUCAAGAGCCGAUUGCUACACCUUUUGUUUCCGUUUGAACUGAAUUGGUGAAAUGGUGAAACUAAAAAUAUAAAUAAAAAAGUAAAAGCAGAGGGUUGUUGUCGAGACCACGCGUACAGAGGCUAAGACUUUGAGGGUUUGAGACUAAGAAGAAUGAGGAGGGUGAGACCAAGACCAAAGUGAGCUGUUUGUUCCUACGAAAGCAUUUAAAUUCUUCAUCUACUUUGAAAGAGAAAUGAAACAGUUUCAUCUGCAGUAAGAAAUGAAUGUAUCUAUAUGAUAUCUAUAUGUAUUCAGGUGGUCUCAGUCUUGGUCUUGGUCUUGGCCCCAUCAUUGGUCAUCAUUUCUUACCCUAGCGCUUGUUUUUUGGCCCCAACACUCUGUUUUGCAUUCGUUUUUUGGCCCCCUUUUUUCAAACCAAGGGGGCCCUGGAGCUGACUUGAAACAAAGCGGGAAUAUGAAGUGUGGAUAGAUUUCCAGGAUACCAAAGUACUUCAUUUAAAAACAACGUUGGACAGGACAACAGGAACAUUUUAGUAACGGGGACUACUCUGCUGUUUGUUUGCUUUCUCUUGUACCACACGUUAGCAACCCAAAUGGUCUACUGUGUCUGACAACAUGAAGAAUACAACUUGUACGUACAACAGUAUGUUGUUAUUUCUUCUUAACAAACAACAGUCGGCUAGCAUCCAGGCUAACGCUAACAUCCUCGUACCUCCAACAGAUCUAACACCAAACCAAGUGAGAUGAUCAGCACCGAUGCAAGAGGUUGCAAAAACAUUGGAGCAGGCAUUUCCAAAACGUCCCCAACACUCGAUAUGCAGGAAACGAAACUUAGCACGGCAUCCAUGUUGUCUUUAUGCGUGACGUCAUGAAGUGUUGUCCCAAUUCUUAGGGACGUCAGUCACUUCACUUCGUCGUUGGGGGGCACUUCAUAGUGGAGGGCACUCAAAACCAAGUGCUAGUGUUAGGGUGAGAAAUGGGACGCAGCCUUGGUCUCUCCCACCUCAUUGGUCUUGGUCUCAACUAAGUAUUAGGUCCUAAGGCUCUUGGUCUUGGCCCCUUCAUCGGUUUUGGUCUCAACCCAGUCUCGGUCAAAGUCUCUUUAUGCUCUGGUCUUGACUCAGUGGUCUUGCUCCCCUAGUUGCUUCUUGCAGAUGAUGUUAUGACAGCUGCUGUGUCCUCUAAAGUAUCUUAUGGUCUUGUUUACAAGUGAGGAAAGGAUAGAGCUUGAGAGAUGAGGAUCUGUCAUUGUUCUGUCAUAGUGAGGAAAGAGCUGAGCCAAAAGGCUAGUGGUUCCUCACCUGGGUCGCUGGACUCUUCUAGCGGGACCAUCUCCAUCGUUCAGGAGAUGCUCAAAGUAGAACGUCAGUGCCACAGCGUCACCAGUCGUGGUGACUCAAGCAUCUUAUCCGGAUGCUCCCUAUGUGUGUGGAACUGUGACCCAGGAAAUCGCCAGUAAAAUCUGAUAGAGGCAGAAGAAAAUGGAUGGAGGCCUCCAUCGCUGAGCAUGGAAUUGACUUCCCUUAUUAAUGAACGUGGUGGGCCAUGUGAAAUGACUUCAGUUAGGGGCCGUCACUGUUCUCCCUCCUCAGGCCCCGGCAGGAUGAUUAAAACCGACCUCCCUGUCCUCCCUCCUGUAUCAGCCCCUCGUUCUGUCCAGGACCAGACUGAACUUCAAGCCUUCCGCUCUUUCCCCUCUGUCAGCUCCUGAAGCCGCUGAAUACAAAUG